AUGCAGCAAUGCUGCGAUGCUGGGAUAGCCCUGAAAGACGAGCUGGUCUUAAGAGGGGCUGUGGCGUUGCUCUUGUUGUCGUGUGGACCUGGCAGAUCUAGCGGUCAACCUCUUCAAGGGCUUUACCACGGGAGUACCUACGGAACGCACUAUGUAAAGAUCGCGCCCAUUACUCCGUAUGGCUCGCGGGGCCGUUUCGUACCAUAGCUCAAUCGUUUUACCUUGACAGACCAGGCUACAGAUCCUUGGCCAGCCAGGCGCAUUAAAUCAGAUCUUUGACCGCCGUCUGAAUGUCCAGCGCAUCUGAAAAUAGGUACCUCCGUCCUAGGGAGUCAAUAAUUACUAUUGGUAGUAUGCUUGGAGACUGUAUGGGGUUGGGAUCGACUUGGCCCA